GCUCGAGGGAGCGCUGCACGCACUCGAAAUGGCUUCUCGCCGCCACCAGCCUUUGCACGUGAGACGGGGGUUUGGGGUGAUGCAAACGCGUCGCAGUCGUACACCACCUCCCUGCCUGCAGAGGGUCCAUCGCGCAUCUACACGAAAUGGGUCGUUUACAAAGGCAAAGGAGCAGUUUCUUUUGAGCCCGUCAGACCAGCAUGGAAGGCAGUUGGCCAAAAUGGAGUGGCUAUUGACAGGGAGGGCAGUCUCCUGCUGCAGUUUGCCAAGUGCACUGGUCCAAGGACAUACGAUUGGAGCACAAAAAAGACUUUUGCUCUCAGCGUUGCGGAGCUUGGGGAUAUCAUCAUUGGCCAAGAAGCAAAAUUUUUCCAUGAUCCAGGAAUGCAGACAAGCCAGGCAGGGCAAGUUACAAAGUCGUUGAAACUCUCUCCAGUUGAGAAUGGCUGGUUCAUAAGCCUCACCGUGAAUGAAGGAAACGAUAAAGUGACACACUCAGUGCCACUCACCGGUGCAGAGUUUGCUAUUCUUCAAAGGAUUGCAGAGUACUUGGUGCCGUAUCUGCUCGGAAUGGAAAUGGUGUUCCAAGGUCCCAUUGACGUUCCAAUGGAUCCGAUACCACAAGGGGAACGUCGAUGA